GCCACUAGUCAAGCCGCCGCCACCAGCAAACCGCAGUCGUUGUUGUCAGCUGUUGCCACAAGCGAAUCACAACCGUCCGUUUGCGCAAUUCUGCUACCUUUUCCCAAGAUUUACAUUUCAGGCCUACGCCUUCUGUUUCCAAGUUUCAAACCGAUGAGCCGAUUUGGUUUUCCCAAUACGAUCAAAAUCUUCGAACCGAUCCGGUUUGAUGCUUUUACACCCGUUGCCGUAACGUCUAUAAUAUUUACGCGCUCCUCAAUGUUUCAAAUUUAUUUAUUUCUUUAUUUUUUGCUUUAACGAAGUAGAUCGUAUCGUCCCCUUCCCCAAUCCUCACCAGAAAAAAGGGGAAGAAUCUCACUCCCACAUUUCUCCACUCAUUUUCUUCUUCCACUCUCUUCUCUCUUUCAGUUCCUCUUUAUUGGAACCCUAGGAAGUUGAUAAAAUCACCGUUUCGUGAAAAGAUGAAGACCAAGACGCCAUUGAAGCAGCUCAAGCUAUCUGUUCCUGCUCAAGAAGCUAAUAUCCAUUCUUUCCUGACUGCGAGUGGAACAUUUCACGACGGCAAUCUGCUAUUGAACCAGAAAGGUUUGCGGCUCAUAUCCGAAGAGAAAGAAGCGCAGACUUCAGACAGUAAGGAGUUGGAUGCCGAUUUCUCAUUGGAGGACCUUGAGACUGUGAAAGUCAUCGGGAAGGGAAGUGGGGGUGUAGUACAGCUUGUUCAACACAAAUGGGUUGGAAAACUUUUUGCCUUAAAGGUCAUCCAGAUGAACAUACAAGAGGAUAUCCGUAAACAGAUAGUGCAGGAGCUGAAAAUAAAUCAGGCAGCCCAAUGUCCUCAUGUUGUGGUCUGCUAUCAUUCUUUCUACCACAAUGGUGCCAUUUCUCUUGUGCUAGAAUACAUGGAUCGGGGUUCAUUAGCUGAUGUUGUCAGACAAGUCAAAACGAUUCUCGAACCAUAUCUUGCAGUUGUUUGUAAACAGGUUUUACAAGGUCUUGUUUACUUGCAUCAUGAAAGACAUGUUAUCCACAGAGACAUCAAACCAUCCAAUCUACUCGUGAACCAUAAAGGAGAGGUGAAAAUCACCGAUUUUGGAGUAAGUGCAAUGCUAGCAAGUUCUAUGGGUCAGAGAGAUACAUUUGUAGGGACUUACAAUUACAUGUCGCCCGAGCGAAUUAGCGGGGGAACGUAUGACUACAGCAGCGAUAUCUGGAGUUUAGGCCUGGUUGUACUUGAAUGUGCCAUUGGAAGAUUUCCCUACUUGCAGUCCGAAGAGCAGCAAAGUUGGCCAAGUUUCUAUGAGCUUUUAGAGGCAAUUGUGGCAAAGCCACCACCUUCUGCCCCACCAGAUCAAUUUUCCCCCGAGUUCUGUUCCUUCGUAUCUGCUUGCAUUAAAAAGGACCCUAAAGAAAGAUCAUCAUCUUUAGACCUUCUGGAUCAUCCUUUCAUCAAGAAAUUUGAAGACAAAGACAUCGAUCUCGGGAUUCUCGUUGGCAGCUUGGAUCCCCCUGUAAGUUUUCCCAGAUAAUAUUCCUCAAAACCUUUUUUGUGUUUUCUGUAAUAUGUUGAAAAAUUCACAACCCUUCCUUCCUCGUGUAACAUGCUUUUGCCUCAUGAAACAUGGAAUGCUAUUUUUUCAUAGUAGAUUGCCAAUCAAACAAAACAACAUGAUAAGAUUUCA